GUAAUGUGCUUCUUAUGGAUGUAUGCCCCAUGACCCUUGGUGUUGAGACUGUUGGAGGAGUAAUGACCAAGCUGAUCCCCAGGAACACAGUGGUGCCCAUCAAAGAAGCCCAGAUGUUUACUACACCCUCUGAUUACCAGACAACUGUCGCCAUCAAAGUCUAUGAAGGUGAGCAUCCUUUGACCAAAGACAACCAUUUCCUGGCUACCUUUGACCUGACUGGCAUCCCUCCUGCUCCUCGUGAAGUACCGCAGAUUGAAGUCACCUUUGAGAUUAAUAUCAAUGGCAUUUUAUGUGUCACUGCUGAGGACAAGGCCACAGGCAACAAGAACGAGAUCAUAACUGACCAGAACUGGCUAACACCUGAGGACAUCAAACACAUGGUGAACGACGCCGAGCACUUUGCUGAAGAAGACAAGAAGCUGAAGGAGAGGAUCAAUGCUCACAAUGAGCUGGAAGGCUAUGCAUACUCGCUGAAGAACCAGAUUGAAUCCAUUGAGAAGGCAGUGGAGGAGAAGAUUGAAUGGUUGGAGUCCCACCAAGAUGCUGACCUGGAUGACUUCCAGACCAAGAAGAAGGAGCUUGAGGAAGUGGUUCAGUCCAUUAUCAGUAAGAUCUGUGGUAGUGCAGGUGGUCCACCAGCAGAGGGCAGUAAGCAAAAUGAGAAAGAUGAGUUGUAGGCAGGUUUGAAGUCUUAUCACUCCUUGGCCCUCUGGCAUGUUGGUGUGCAUAUUGGACUGAUGGGACUGAAAUUGUGACAGAAGUGGUUGGGAAGGGGCUAACAAUAACAAGUGACCAUACUGAAUGUAGCUGAUGAUAAAAUGUUUGUGUGGGUUGCCAUGACAACACCAGAAUCGU